GCCUGAAGUCACUGAAUGACAGGCUUGAGACAGGAACUCCACCAAUCUGCAAGCUCAGUGCUAGCCAUUGACGCUGGAGAAGAGGCCGCAACCGGGCGAGCACACCCGGCAUUCCCUUCUCUUCGACUUCUCUUCCACUUUAAUUUUCAUAUCCCUCCUCUCUGAUUCUAGUUGAAUAUGUCCGCCUCGCUCUACAGGCUAGCCGGGCGGAGCGCCAAGCGGCUCUGCACAAGAACAUCAUCACCGGUUGCCGCCUCCAUCUCACACCCGACCCGCGCUUUCUCCGCCUCGGCCCUCCGUCGCUAUGCCGAGCCCGAGAGCUAUCAGGGCACCCGAUUGAUCCCCGUAGGGAGCGACUUCCAGACCCCCGCGCACGCCUAUGAGAUCCCGUUACCGCAAAGCAGGAACCAGUACAACACGGAGGCGAAAAAAUCGCGCGGCGACGACUCGGUCGAGGACCGCAAGGUGCGCCACUACACGGUCAACUUUGGUCCCCAACAUCCGGCCGCCCACGGCGUGCUGCGUCUGAUUCUCGAGCUCAAUGGCGAGGAGAUUAUCCGCGCGGACCCGCACGUUGGGCUGCUGCACCGCGGCACCGAGAAGCUGUGCGAAUACAAGACAUACCUCCAGCAGCUCCCCUAUUUUGACCGCCUCGAUUACGUCUCCAUGAUGACCAACGAGCAGUGCUUCUCGCUAGCCGUCGAGAAGCUGCUCAAUAUUGAGAUUCCCGAGCGCGCAAAGUGGAUCCGGACCAUGUUUGCCGAGAUCACGCGCAUUCUGAACCACCUUAUGUCUGUCCUGUCACACGCCAUGGACGUCGGUGCUCUGACGCCUUUCCUGUGGGGUUUUGAGGAGAGAGAGAAGCUGAUGGAGUUCUAUGAGCGUGUUUCCGGCGCCCGUCUGCAUGCCGCCUACGUCCGGCCCGGCGGCGUCCACCAAGACAUCCCUCUCGGCCUGCUCGACGACAUCUACCAAUGGGCGACGCAGUUUGGCGACCGCAUCGACGAGACGGAGGAGAUGCUAACGGACAACCGCAUCUGGAUCAACCGGCUCAAGGGAAUCGGCGUCGUAUCGGCCGCUGAGGCCCUCAACCUGUCCUUCACGGGCGUGAUGCUGCGCGGCUCGGGCGUGCCCUGGGACAUUCGCAAGAGCGCGCCCUACGACGCCUACGACCAGGUCGAGUUCGACGUGCCCGUGGGCGUCAACGGCGACUGCUACGACCGCUACCUGUGCCGCAUGGAGGAGUUCCGCCAGUCGCUCCGCAUCAUCCACCAGUGCCUCAACAAGAUGCCCGCGGGCCCCGUCCGCGUCGAGGACUACAAAAUCUCGCCCCCGCCCCGCUCCGCCAUGAAGGAGAACAUGGAGGCCCUUAUUCAUCACUUUUUGCUCUACACCAAGGGCUACGCCGUGCCCCCCGGCGACACAUACUCGGCUAUUGAGGCGCCCAAGGGCGAGAUGGGCGUCUACGUCGUGAGCGACGGCAGCGAGCGGCCCUACCGUGUGCACAUCCGCGCUCCCGGUUUCGCUCAUUUGAGCGGCUUCGACCAUGUCUCCAAGGGGCAUCUGCUUGCUGACGCUGUGGCGGUCAUUGGUACCAUGGAUCUGGUGUUUGGUGAGGUUGAUCGGUAGACUGGGAUGGACAAACAGAUUACAUUCAAGUUGAGAGAAGGAAAGAAAAGUGGGAAUUGCAACCAAGCUUCUCUAAUCCAUCGGUCAAAUGAAGAAACCCCCUCCCCCAAGCGGGCCCCUGUGGUUUGUGAUGUGAGAGAUUUUUUCCCCGGGCCCAUAGACAGAUAGAUGUGAAACCUGGAAAUCCCCAAGGAAGAUCAAGAUCCGAUGGGUUGGGCCGGGGGGAAGCAGAGAAACCGCUUGUUUCUCUCGCGUUGUUGUGUCCUGUCUCGCCGUAUUGUUUCGUUUGUCUGGUGCUGUGGAAGGAUGGUGCUGUAUCAUAGCCAGGGAGGGCUGCGAGGCUGGGGGGUUUUCGCUCUUUUGGACUGUGGCAACCCCCCUGCUGUUGCUGAGACGGAGACGAGAACGUAAAUACUGUACACUUUCCUCUUCGCCUACAAGCC